AUGGCGUGGAAUUUGACGAUCCAGGCGAAGACUCUUGGCACUUGUUUCGGACGGUGGAGUCGCGGUCAAGCAACGACGCUGAGUGGUGCAAAGCGCAGCUUAGAGCGAGGUCUUGGGAGCGAGGCGGACGUUGAUUCCACUCGUAUCCUUAGCCCAGUCGGGGUUCCACAAAAGACCAUCCUCAUCACGGUCGAAGCGUUGCUUCGUUCGGUCUUGAUUGCCCAGUCCAGCGAGGGCCAGCCACUGGGCAGAACCCCGAACGUAACACCACUAGCACCGCCAUUCGCGUUCAUGCGUGUUCAUUCGGCAAUUGGCAGAUGCAAUACGCAAGACACAGCAAAGACUCGUCACACGCCUCACAGGGCUAAGCCGGUAGACCCGAUUAAAUGGGGGAAGGACACGAGGCCCGGAAGGAUGUGA